AUGUCGCUCUUUGUGCUUGCCGAGACGCCGGCAGGCUACGGCCUGUUUAAGGCUACGGACAAGAAGAUGCUGAAGAACGAGGAACUUGCCGCUGAGCUGGGACGUCCUGAAAAGGUCGUUGAGAUGCUCAAGCUCAAGAAGUUCGUCAAGUUCGACAGCGCUGCCACCGCUCUCGAGGAGGCUGCUGCCCUCAAGGAAGGCAAGAUUCCUGACCUACUCACCGGACUCCUCGAGGACCUCAAGGCCGAGAAGAAGGCGUCGAUCGCCGUCGCCGACAUGAAGCUGGGCACGGCCAUCUCCAACAUGGCCGACCUGAACCUCCAGCCUGUCUCAGGCUCCAACACCAUGGAUCUCUUCCGAGGCAUUCGAGGCAACCUCUCUAACUUGAUCCCCGGCCUCGAGGUUGAGAACAUUGACCGCAUGGCUCUUGGUCUCUCUCACUCCAUGUCCCGCCACAAGCUCAAGUUCUCCGCCGACAAGGUCGACUCCAUGAUCAUUCAGGCCAUCAAGCUGCUAGAUGAUCUCGACAAGGAGCUCAACGUCUACGCCAUGCGAACCAAGGAGUGGUACGGCUGGCACUUCCCCGAGAUGGCCAAGAUCCUCAAUGACAACCUGGCCUACGCUCGCGUCGUCCUCGCUGUCGGCAUGCGCACCAACAUUGCUACCAGCGAUCUCUCCGAGGUCCUGCCCGAGGAGGUCGAGGUUGCCAUCAAGGCUGCCGCCGAGAUCAGCAUGGGUACCGAGAUCACCGAUGAGGAUCUCGACAACAUCAAGCUCCUGGCUGACCAGGUCAUCACCUACACUGAGUACCGAGCUCAGCUGUCCUCGUACCUCGAGAGCCGCAUGCGCGCCAUUGCCCCCAACCUGACUGCCCUCAUCGGCUACCUGGUUGGUGCCCGUCUCAUUGCCCACGCUGGUUCUCUCAUCAGCCUGGCCAAGUCUCCCGGCUCUACCAUUCAGAUCCUCGGUGCCGAGAAGGCGCUGUUCCGUGCCCUCAAGACCAAGCACGACACCCCAAAGUACGGUCUCAUCUACCACUCCUCGCUCAUUGGCCAGGCUACUGGACGAAACAAGGGAAAGAUUGCCCGUAUGCUAUCCGCCAAGGCCGCUCUGGGUGUCCGUGUCGAUGCUCUCGGCGAGUUCGAGGACGAUGUCGAUGACGAGGAGCGUGCCAUCCUCGGUCUGAGCAACCGCAUCAAGUUGGAGAACCAGCUCCGAAAGCUCGAGGGCAAGCCCCUUCUUCCCAAGGGCACCAACGUCACCCCUUCGGGUGAGAUUGUCGGUGCUGGCCAGUUCACCCUGAAGGAGACUCGCCGAUAUAACGCCGACGCCGAUGGUGUCUCUGACGAGGAGCCCAAGUCUGCCAAGAAGAGCAAGAAGUCCAAGAAGCUGAUCCAGGAGGUCGACGAGGAGAUGAAGGAUGCCGAGGACGAGGACAGUGACGACGAGGCUGCUGCCACCCCUGCCAAGGCCAAGAAGCUCUCCGAGGCUGACUACGAGCGUCUCGCCGAGGCCGCCGGUAUCUCGGUCAAGAAGUUCAAGCGCAAGUACGAGCGCGGUGAUGUCGAUCUCAACGAUGACGGCACCCCCAAGGUCUUCAGCAAGAAGGAACUGAAGAAGGCUCGCAAGGCUGAGGAGAAGGCCACCCCCAUCAAGACCGAACCCGAGAAGAAGAAGAAGCGCAAGCACGACGACUCGGAGGAUGAGGCCGAGACCAAGAAGGAGAAGAAGCAGAAGAAGAAGAAGCGCCAAUCCACGGACUAG